AGCGGAACCAGAGAGAUGGCGAGAGGAAGUCGAGGUGGCGCCCCGUCCGGCCUCCCUGGGGGCGAGCUGCUCAUCUUGCUCGGGGCCGUGCUUGCUGGGCUCUGUCAGCCAGGCUGGCGGCGUGUGGAGUCGAGGACUCGCGCGGAGGCAGCAUGCUUCCAGCUGGCGAGAUGGGCAGGGUCCCGGCAGCCGCGGGCUGCCCCGAAGGCGGCGACGGAAUCAAGCGCACAGAGGAGAAAAUUGCUUUCCCUGUCUGUAGGUGACAUGAACAUUGCCGCUCUUGUUGGAAGUGACCUGCUUACACAAGGUGGAGACGAUGGUGAGCUUCCCCUGAAUGUGUCUGCAUUCAUAGAAAAGGAAGUGGGAAGUGACCUUAAAUCUUUAAAGAAACUUGGCAAACUCAUAGAAAAGAUGACAGAAAAUAAAAUAAAGUUAGAAGAACAGGUACUUACAAUUUCAUCAGAAAUCCCUAAAAGAAUUCAGAGUGCUUUAAAAGAUGCAGAAGAAUCCAAGCAAGUUGUUAAUCAGUUUUUGGAGCAGGAAGCUCCUCUCUUGAGCUCCAUCACUAGCCAUCUUCUGACUGCACAGCCGUGGAUGGAUGAUCUCGGGGCCAUGAUCAACCAGAUAGAAGAGAUUGAGCAGCAUCUCACAUACCUUAAAUGGGUUUCACAGAUUGAAGAGCUAAGUGAUAACAUUCAGCAAUACUUGAUGACCAAUAAUGUACCAGAGGCAGCCUCUAUCCUGGUGACUAUGACAGAACUUGACAUCAAGCUUCAGGAGUCAUCUUGUACUCAUCUUCUUAGUUUUGUGAGAGCCACAGUUAAAUUCUGGCAUAAAAUUCUCAAGGACAAGCUUACCAGUGAUUUUGAGGAAGUUUUAGCACAGCUUCAUUGGCCAUUCAUCACACAUACCCAGUCUCAAACUGUUGGCAUAAACUGGCCUGCUAGUGCCCCUGAGAUAUAUGGUGCCCUGGAGACACUGUUUUGUCAGCUGUUGAAACUACAAGCCUCAGAUGAAUUACUAACUGAGCAAAAACAACUCCCAGAAAAAUAUUCUCUUCCUGAAUGCCCUUCUGUGAUCCUACCCAUCCAGAUCAUGCUGACUCCUCUUCAGAAGAGAUUCAAAUACCACUUCAGAGGCAGCCGACAGACUAAUGUUAUCAGCAAGCCUGAAUGGUACUUGGCUCAGGUACUUAUGUGGAUUGGAAACCAUGCUCACUUUCUGGACGAGAAGAUUCAGCCAAUAUUGGAUAAGGCAAGCUGUGCAGUAAAUGCCAGGCUUGAGUUUUCUCGGGGCCUUGUGAUGCUCAUUCUUGAGAAGUUGGCUUCUGAUAUACCUUGCCUGCUCUAUGAUGAUAAUCUCUUCUGUCAUUUGGUGGAUGAGGUGCUGUUGUUUGAAAGGGAGCUGCACAGUGUUCACGGCUAUCCUAGCACUUUUGCCAGCUGUAUGCAUAUUCUGUCAGAGGAAACCUGUUUUCAGAGGUGGUUAACUGUGGAGAGAAAAUUUGCUCUUCAAAAAAUGGAUUCAAUGCUUUCAUCAGAGGCUGUUUGGGUAUCCCAAUAUAAAGACAUCACGGAUGUGGAUGAAAUGAAGGUUCCAGACUGUGCAGAAGUUUUUAUGACUUUACUUUUGGUUAUAACUGACAGAUAUAAAAAUCUUCCCACAGCCCCCAGAAAGCUGCAGUUCCUGGAGUUACAGAAGGACCUAGUGGAUGAUUUUAGGAUACGAUUAACGCAGGUGAUGAAAGAAGAGACCAGAGCGCCACUUGACUUUCGAUACUGUGCAAUUCUUAAUGCUGUGAACUACAUCUCAACAGUGCUGGCAGAUUGGGCUGACAAUGUUUUCUUUCUGCAGCUUCAACAGGCAGCACUGGAGGUCUUUGCAGAGAAUAGCGCCCUCAGUAAGUUGCAGCUGGGACAACUAGCCUCCAUGGAGAGCUCUGUCUUCGAUGAUAUGAUAAACCUCUUAGAGCGCUUAAAGCUUGAUAUGUUGACUCGCCAAGUAGACCAUGUUUUUAGAGAAGUGAAAGAUGCUGCAAAAUUGUAUAAGAAAGAAAGAUGGUUGUCCCUGCCGUCUCAGUGUGAACAGGCAGUGAUGUCUCUGUCCAGCUCAGCUUGCCCGCUCUUGCUGACCUUACGGGACCGUCUGCUUCAGCUGGAGCAGCAGCUUUGUGUCUCCUUAUUCAGGAUUUUCUGGCAAAUGCUUGUAGAGAAGCUGGAUAUAUACAUCUAUCAGGAGAUAAUCCUUGCUAAUCAUUUCAACGAAGGAGGAGCAACCCAGCUACAGUUUGAUAUGACACGGAAUCUUUUCCCUUUGUUUUCUCACUAUUGCAAGAGACCGGAAAACUAUUUUAAACAUGUAAAAGAAGCCUGCAUCGUUCUGAAUUUGAACAUCGGUUCUGCACUACUCCUAAAAGAUGUCCUGCAGUCAGCUUCUGAGCAUCUUCCUGCCACAGCAGCCUUAAAUGAAGUUGGAAUUUACAAACUGGCUCAGCAAGAUGUUGAGAUUCUGCUCAAUUUGAGGACAAACUGGCCUAACACUGGAAAAUAAUGUAUCUUUGAGAAAAGGGCUAUUUAACAAAGAAGACAGUUGGAUUGAAAUUGUCUGAUAAACGUUCUGAAUUAAUGAAACUGUACAAAUGAAAACUUGGUAGAGUCAUUUAUUAUCUUGAGUUAUGAUGUCACUAAAACAAUGACCAAGCUUCCUCCAUCCUCCGGCUCCUAAGAAAACAGAGAACAGAAAACUCAGCUAUGAGAAGCAGAGUAAUUACAAAUUGGGAAUUACAGAUAGGAAUCAGACAUCUGAAGACAGUGUGAGAGCAAAGGUCAGCCAUAACUGACCUCCACUUUUCUAAUCAAGGGGAGCUGUUGUAGAAAGCUGAACACAGCCAGUACAUUGUACAAAUAAUAAAUUAUGGAUGUAUGUUGAUAA